GUUAAAUUAAGGUAGUGUGUUUAUUCUCUUGCACAAGUUCGAUAACGGGGUUAAAUGCAUUUGAGUUUAACGUCCGAUGUGUCAAAUUGUUUGCUACGUGUCAGAAAACUACUAGGCCGUAGCUCCACAUCAGUUGUACUACAGUUACAGUACUACUGAAUGAUUUCUCCACUCCACAGGAGACUUGGAGGCCAUCUGCCAAUGCCUGUCUUCAACUCUUCAACCAUGCUCAUGCUGCGUCUGAAGAUCUCAGCCAAAGUCUGCCCUCAUCUGCACUCAAUCACCACUGUCUCCUUCUCCACUUCUGCCUCCGCCUCCCCUUCCAUCUCCACCGUCGAUCUCCUCGACUCCUACACCGUGACCCCACCAAUCCAACCCUGGCCCAGACGCCUCCACCCAAAGCGCCUCAUCUCCCUCAUCACUCGCGAACCCAACCUCGACCUCGCCCUCCAAAUCUUCCACCACGCCUCCAAAUUCCACCCUGGCUUUUCCCAUAACUACCACACCUACCACGCCAUCCUCAACCGCCUCUCUCGUUCCCGCGCUUUUCACCCCAAAAUCGACCCGCUCCUCUCAGACCUCAGCAACUCCGGCAUCAAAUGCUCUGAAGACCUCUUCAUCACCCUCAUUCGCAAUUUCGGCGUCUUGGGUCGUCCCAAGCUCUCCUUCAAGACCUUCCUCGACAUUCCAAAGCUUGGAGCUCAACGCUCUGCCAAGUCCCUGAACGCCUUGUUGAACGCUUUGGUUCAGAACCAUGAGUAUGGUUUGGUCCACUCCGUGUUUAAAAAUUGUGGGCAAAGAUUUGGGGUUAGGCCCAACGUGUUCACUUGUAAUAUACUGAUCAAGGCGCUUUGCCAAAAGGGUGAUGUUGAGACUGCACUCAAGGUGCUUGACGAAAUGCCUGCAAUGGGGUUUGUCCCGGAUGUUGUGACUUAUACCACGGUUUUAGGAGGGUAUGUUUUACGGGGUGACAUGGUUGGCGCCAAGAGGGUUUUCGGGGAGGUUUUGGAUAGAGGGUGGCAUCCGGAUGCGACUACUUACACCAUUUUGAUGGAUGGGUUUGUUAAGCAAGGGAAGUUGGUUGAUGCUGUGAGGGUCAUGGAUGAGAUGGAGGAAAAUAAGGUUGGCCCAAAUGAGGUGACUUAUGGGGUUAUGAUUGAAGCUUAUUGUAAGGCAAAGAAGUCGGGUGAAGCGGUUAAUUUGCUUAAUGAUAUGCUUGAGAAAAGGUAUAUACCGAGUUCGGCGCUUUGCUGUAAGGUGAUUGAUAUUUUGUGUCAUGAAGGGAAGGCGGAGGACGGUUGUGAAUUGUGGAAGAGGCUUUUGAAGAACAACUGCACACCCGAUAAUGCAAUCUCGAGCACGGUCAUAUACUGGCUUUGUAAGGAGGGGAAAGUAUGGGAAGCCAAGAAAUUGUUUAAUCAGUUUAAGACGGAUUUGAUUCCCAGUGUCAUGACGUACAACAUGCUUAUCGCGGGACUGUGUGAAGUGGGGGAGCUGUGCGAGGCAGGGAGGUUGUGGGAUGACAUGGUUGAGAAAGGAUGUGCUCCGAAUGCUUUUACAUAUAAUAUGUUGAUCAAAGGAUUUUGUAAAAUUGGAAAAGCAGAGGAGGGGAUUAGGAUUUUAGAGGAGAUGCUGGAUAAAGGUUGUUUGCCCAACAAGUCUACUUAUGGCAUGUUGAUUGAGGGGCUCUGUGACUUGGGGAAGGAAUCUGAAGUCACAAAAGUGAUUUCAUUGGCAAUGUCAAAUGGAGACAUUGAGAGUGCUUCGUGGGAUCUUUUGCUUACUAAGUUUGUAGGUGAUUUGGAUACUGGGGGAGCUGUUAUGGACAAAAUACUUGUGGAGAAUGUUAAUUAGAGGCCUUUUCAACAUAUAACCCAGACCUCGUGAGAGUGGAAUGCAUUUAUAUAAUCUCAUGCACAAGGUUUCUGAGGUUUCUGUGAGCAGGCACCAUUUGUGAUUUGGGUGCACGAAGGUUCUUGUGCAAUUCGAUGAAAUGUGCAUUGAAUGCCGCGGGCAAAUUUGCACAUGCAAAUAGUUCCUUGUGGGUGUUUACAGGUGGAAGUUGAAGUAGCUGAAAUCUGAUGAUGGUAACAGAGUUGUCAAAAGCAAAGUUGAGCUAGGCAUCAAUUUCACAUACUUGAACUUAAAGUAACUAAGAUGGGAGGUGGAAAGGACAAACAACAUGAGUCUACUGACAAAGGGUUAUUUUCAUUUGAUGGUGGAUUUGGUGCUGGACACUAUCCUGGAUCAUACCCUCCGCAAGGAUAUGGAUAUCCCCCACAAGCACAUCAUGGAUAUCCUUCCUCCGGUGGGUAUCCUCCACCUGGAUAUCCUUCCAAUGGGGGAUAUCCACCAGUCGCCUAUCCAAGUGGAUAUCCCCCAGCCGGUUAUCCAGGUCACUCAGGUCCAUAUAAUUCAGGGUAUGGAUCUAGCAUGGGACUGGGAGGGAUGUUAGCGGGGGGUGCUGCUGCUUACGGGGCUAACCAUCUUGCGCAUAGGGGCCAUAGCCAUGGAUAUGGUUACGGCGGGGGUUACCAGGGCUAUGGUGGUUCUCAUGGGAAGUUCAAACAUGGCAAAUUUAAGGGAAAGGGGAAGUAUGGCAAGCCCUUUGGGGGCAAGUUCAAGAAAUGGAAGUGAUCAUGGCGUGGAUCCAGGCAAAAUAUCAUGGUCGGUUCAAGAUCUAAGUCUACAGAUAAUCUUAUACUGUAAUUGGCUUCCUAAUAAUUUCGACAGCCAUGCUGUUUCGGGUUGUCUUAUUGUUUCUUUCAAUAAUGCUAUAUACUAUGUAUGUCGUCUAAUUUAGUUGUUUUUGUUCCUUUGAGAAGGCUA